AUGGGAUUUGGCAUGGGAAAACCAGAACGGCGGCAACAGAAAUCUGAUAGAGGUGCCAUCAGAGCCGCUCUGCUCAUCCAGCGCUGGUACCGUCAGUAUGUGGCGCGUCUGGAGAUGAGGCGCAGAUGCACGUGGAACAUCUUUCAGUCCAUUGAAUAUGCAGGAGAGCAAGACCAGAUAAAGCUAUACAAGUUUUUUAGCUACUUAAUGGAUCAUUUCACACCUGCCAGCAAUGAAAGAAGCCUCAUAUCUCACCUGUUCCGGGAAAACGAGAUCUGCUGGGAUGCGGAAUGGGAGCGGUACUUCUGCUACAAAAGCAUCGACGUACCUGACAGCUACGGCGGUCCACACCUGACUUUCCCUUUGACGUUCUGCGGGGUGUCCCGGCUGGUGGAGGCGCUUAAGCACAAACAAUAGCUGCUCCACGCUCGUUACGUUCUGCAGCUUCUCGGGGAAACCUGGAAACUUUUGCGAAUUCUUCCAAAUAUCACUCACGUUUCGACAGCUCAUGACAAAGAGAUCACUAUAUGCGGAGACUUACACGGGAACCUGGAAGACCUGCUUUUGAUAUUCUACAAGAAUGGACUGCCAUCUUCGGACAGGCCAUAUGUUUUUAAUGGAGACUUUGUGGACCGUGGAAAAAGCUCUUUAGAGAUUAUGCUCAUUCUGUUUGGAUUUCUGCUGGUUUAUCCUAAAGACGUGCAUCUGAACAGAGGAAACCACGAGGACCAUAUGGUUAAUCUGAGAUAUGGUUUUACUAAAGAAGUCCUGGGAAAGUACAAGGUGCAUGGCAAAAAGAUUCUGAAACUUAUGCACAAGAUUUUCAGCUGGCUGCCUCUUGCCACUGUGAUUGAUCACAAAGUGCUUAUAGUGCACGGAGGGAUUUCUGACACAACUGAUCUGAACACAAUAGAUGAAGUGGACAGACACAAAUAUGUCUCGGUCCUGAAGCCUCCGAAGAAAAGAAACACCAAACUUAAUGAGUUCAGCUGCAGCAGUAAAGAUUUAUUUGAACAAAGUGGAGGCCGGAGGAGAGGGUAUUCUCUUACUUACCACAAACCAAAAAGGGUUCAAAGACAGAAUAUUCAGUGGCGAUCAUUAGAAAACAUAGCCACAAAUGCUCAUUAUAACUGUUCAGUGGAUGAAGAGUUGAAGAGGAGGCGCAGACUGGCAUCAGAUGGAAUCAACUCAGACUCAGACCCUGAACUAACAGAGACAGACCAGAAGCAGUGGAAACAAAUUGUGGACAUACUGUGGAGUGACCCCAUGUCCCAAAAUGGCUGUGUAUCUAAUGAAGUAAGAGGAGGCGGCUGCUACUGGGGGCCUGAUGUCACUGAAGCGGUGCUUUCGAAACAUAAACUCCUUCUUCUCAUCCGCUCUCACGAGUGUAAACAGGAGGGAUACGAGUUCUGCCAUAAUCACAAAGUGUUGACUAUUUUUUCAGCCUCUAACUACUACGAGCUGGGCAGUAACAGAGGCGCCUACAUCAGAAUGGGCCCUGAUCUAAUGCCACACUUUAACCAGUACCAGGCGAGCCGCACCUGCAGAGAGCUCACUCUCAGACAGAGCAUUGGACAGACUGAAAAAUCGGCUCUGAAAGCUCUUAGAGAACAGCUGUUUGCACAUAAGUCAAGUCUCAUCAGUGCCUUUCAGGAAUGUGAUGUCAACAAUACAGGACUCAUCUCACUCAGUCAAUGGGCCAGUGCCACAGAGAGGGUGCUGAACCUGGGUCUGCCCUGGAGGGUGUUACGCCCACAGCUCAUCACCUGUUCACAGGACACUACAGUGGACUAUCACAAGUGGAUAAGAGAGUUCUCCAUCACGGAGCCCAAAGUAGACAUUUCAGACACCAGCAUCCUGGAGACUAUGUACAAAAACCACUCAAACCUGGAAACUAUUUUCCGAAUUAUUGAUACCGAUCACUCUGGUCUCAUAUCGUAUGAAGAGUUUCAUCAGACUUGGAAACUACUCAGUUCUCACUUGAAGCUAGAAAUCAGUGACAAUGCCAUUUCAGAUUUGGCACAAAGUAUUGAUUUUAAUAAAGAUGGAAGCAUUGACAUUAAUGAGUUUAUGGAGGCUUUUCGACUGGUCGACCUCUCUGCACAUGUGGAGUAAAGA